CGAUUGUUUUGUAUUUCCAUAUUCUUCUUCCUCUUAUUGAUCCAAAGUUACGAAAUCUAACGAUUUAAUAUGUCCUUACAGAAGUCUACGUGUUCUCUAGAUAUCUCAUUGCUUCCAGAAUUUGGCUGGUCAAUCAAAGAUCAACCUGUCUAUGGCCCCGGUUCUGUAUUUCAAGGAAUUGUCAAGCUAAAGUUGCUGUCGCGUGUGCCCAAUAUUGAAAAGGUCAAGUUGAGUUUUCGCGCUUACGAGUGUAUUCCACCUUUUGAAAUCUCUCCUGGCGUGUUGCGAAAAGCUCGAAGUAAUCUUUUUGCAGUGCAACGGACUCUGUGGAGCGCCAAAUGUGAUGGCGCAGCAAAAAAGUUUGAAGCAAAUUCAGAAUACACUUUCCCGUUUACAAUCCAAAUGGCGUUACUACAACUUCCUCCUUCUGCCAAUCACCCUGCUUAUCAAUGCAAAUAUCAGCUUGUCGCUAGUCUUGAAACCUCAAAGGAGAACGAUGCUCAGUCAGCAAUAAAUACCAGCGUACAAUGCUCAAAGGAUGUCCUGUAUAUGCCUUAUAUUGAGACCAAACUUCUAAAGAAACCAAUUUUGCUUGAAGCACGAAGAGGACAUUUGUCUGUCCACGCAGAAAUUUCAUCUUUUGAUUAUGUGCCGAAUGAUACUAUUCCAAUUACCAUGAGCGUGUCGAGCUUCAAAAUGGAUAGAAAAUCGCCUUUCAAAUAUGUAACCAUUCAAGCUAAAUUGGUCCGGGUCGUCCAAGUGAUCGCUUUUGAAGGAAUAAAAGACCAUGUCGAGACUGUCAAAGUAAACCUUCACAAAAUGCUCUUGAUUAGCUGUCCAGCGGAGAAUCAUUCGAACGAUAUACAGAACACGCCUUGUCAUAAUAACGAUCAACAUUUAUAUUGUUGCAAGGCAACUAUAUCUUUACACAUUCCUGCAGACGUGACGCCAAAUGUCGAUUAUGGUAGACUUGCACAGAUUCGCUAUAAACUGCAACUCAGUGUACAACAGAAAGGCCCGAUGGGUGGGAUUUGGAACUACAACACAAAGCUGGAAGAUAUACCUCUCAAUAUCGGUACUUUGGGCUACGGUAUAGGUGUGUCGCCAGACUUGAAGUUUUACUCGAAAUACUAUCCUGCACCAGCAUCAAGCUAUCAAAGUAAUAGGAAUGUCCCCAACAGCCAUAUGCCAACUCCAAUGUUUAUGAAGGCAAUAGAGUAUGAAGAUGCGCUACCACUAUAUGAACCUCACAGGUUGCCUACUUAUUCUGCGUCUCAGUUGACUGUAUGAACUAUCUAUUUUCUAUCUUUUACACUACGUACCAUUAAAAUUAUUAUUAAGUUUUAAUUCAAGUAAUUUUGUUAGCAUUACCCUACUGCAUCGCUCUUACCAUGGCAUCCCUUCCACCAUCUUUUAUUUUUUUUUUAUGUAUUUUGUACCAUAAUUUCCUUACUGCAUGUGCAAGCUUCUGUAAUAAAAUGUACGAGUAACGCAUAAUGUUGUAUACUGAACAUUAUUCUUGCUCAACUCCUUAGAAUAGCUACUAUUCAAAACAGAAA